AUGCCGGCCUUGAACAUCGAUGCCAUCUAUCGCAAUGGCAAGCGAAACAUCCAUCGUCCAAUCGACGACCCAGAUGACUUGAUCCUGGAGAGCUGGUCGCAAGGCCUCAUGGUCGGGUCUCUGCUCAUCAUGGCCGCCAUCACCACCGCCAACAUGCGACGCGGUGUUUUGCUUCACAAACUGAUUUUCCUCGAGUUGAUUCUUGCCAUGCCACAAGGGACUUUCAUAUUUGUUCCUGAACCCGCGUACGGCUGGUAUCUCGCCGCCACGACCAUCGGGCUGAUCAUCUCCUGGAAUCUGCACAAUGUCGUCGCGUGGAUGAAGAACCGGCCGUUCCUCAGCCGAAUAGGAUCAAUCAUUUACAUUGGCACUGUCGCUCUUGUCCAGCCGUACUGGGUGCUCGAGAUAUACGCCAACUUCACCUACUUUAAUAACAUCAAUCAGCUCUACUUAAAGGUUCGCCCUUGGGAACCUCUUUUCCGCGAUCCCUGGUGGAUAUACACCACCUGCAGCUUUGUCUGGGUGAUCAAGACGCAAUACAGCUUCGGCUUCGUCGAGUUGGUGCGCCAGAGUCCUCGGUUCGGCAUCAUGCUCGUCUCCAUGUGUCUGACGAUUAUCUUUAUCAUCCUUGAUAUUCUGAGUGUGACUGGUGUUCUCGACGGUGACAUGACAACGGGCAUCAAUCCAUUUUGGAAGCUAUGCUUCAUCUUCAAAUGUCUAUGCGAUACCAUUAUCCUCGACGAUUUCAAAACAGCACUGGAUAAGCUACGGACUCGGUGGUUCUCACAACAUGGAGGAUGGGCAGGCUCUCAAUUGGACAGCAAUGAGACUGGGCAGAGCAUUCUGUCAAGGAAUCGGACUCUGAGUGGACAAGGUACUUUGUGA